AUGUUUCAGGGCAACGAUACAUCCGCUCUGGCGGUGGCCCAUGCCUGCCUUUUCCUGGCGAUGUAUCCGGACAUCCAGGAGAAAGUUUACACCGAAAUAAUAGAAUACUUCCCUUCCGAGGAAGCGGAGAUCAAUGCCGAAUCGUUGAAACUGCUUGUGUACACGGAUAUGUUUACGAAGGAACUUCUACGGCACUGCCCGGUCGCACCAACCAUCGCUCGCACGUGUAUGCGAGAUAUUGAGCUGGACGGAGUGACGAUCCCUGCUGGGAAUGUGUUCAUUUUCUCGUUCUGGGCGCUACAUCGAAGGAAGGAUGUGUGGGGUCCAGAUGCGGACAAAUUCGAUCCGGAUAACUUCCUCCCGGAACGCUGCCAUGCACGCAACCCGAACGCCUAUAUGCCAUUCAGUACGGGUCCGAGGAAUUGCAUCGGUGCUCGAUACGCGAUGAUCAGUUUGAAAGUAAUGAUUAUCCACAUCCUACGAAAUUUCAAACUGCGUACGGAAAUCCGACACGAGGAUAUACGCUUCAAGUUCGGAAUGACCCUGAGAAUCGAGACGGAACAUUUGAUACAGGUAGAGAAGCGUCAGAAAAUAGAAAUUGUGACACCAAAUGAACAAACACGUGAAAUCUGAAGAUCUACAGUCUGCUAGUUUUUAUUUUCGGA